GCAGGAGUCCAGUGUUAAAUGCAGAUGGAUUCCAGGGUCUGCUUCUUUACUUUGCUCAUAAGUUGUCUUGUAGCAAAGGCCUCUUCAUGCUUUUGUGAACAUUAUCCAUGGAGCUCUUGGUCAGCAUGCACCAGAACCUGUGCUUACGGAACACAGAGCCGGUCUCGAAAUUUCGUCUAUGAUGAACACUACAGGCAGAAUAAUUGUGGUCAACUGUGCGCAAAACAUGAGAGCCGAUCUUGUAAUGAAGAACUGUGUGCCAUCAACUGUCGACUUGGGGACUUUGGAUCUUGGUCUGAUUGUGACCCAUGCCUCAAAAAGCAGUUUCGUGUCCGUUCACUAGAACAGCCCUCCCAGUUCGGAGGACAGAGCUGUGAGGGACUGCUCUCAGAUUCCCGCCCAUGCAUUCCAACAAAACUUUGCAAUAUAGAAGAAGCAGACUGCACUAAAAAGUUCAAAUGUGCAACAGGGCGCUGCAUUGACUCAAAAUUAAAGUGUAAUGGAGACAAUGACUGCGGAGAUAAUUCAGAUGAGAGGGGAUGCGUAAAAAAACCAGACCAAAAGAGAACCUAUGAACCUAUACCUGGAGCUCAGCUUAUGGGAAAUGGAUAUAAUUACCUCUCCGGUGAGAGCAGAGGGGAAAUUUUUGACAACUCGUUCUAUGGUGGAAAGCCUGCCAAAAGUUUUGGAAAUGAAACAGGGCCAAACCGUAAAUUCUAUCGACUCCCUGCCAACCUGGAAAGUUUCACAUUCCAGGUGAAAGACGAGGAAGACGAUGUUGUAUCUGAUUUCUACAACAGUAUGAACGAUUUUAACAAAGACAUUAAAACUCAAGAUGCAAGCCAGUCGUCUGGCAGAGGCUCUUCGGGAAUCCCAUUUCUCUUUCAUAGGAAAAGUAACACGAGGAGGACCUCAAGUUCAUCCUUUAAGGAAGCUUUAAGCUCAUCAUACAAAAAGAAUUCCAAAUUUAUUAGGAUCCAUAAAGUGAUCUCAGUGUCGGAAUUCACCAUGCAGAAAGACAAUCUCUGGCUAUCGGAUGUCUUCCUCAAGGCCCUCAAUCACCUGCCCUUGGAAUACAACUAUCCUCUCUACAGCAGGAUCUUUGAUAAUUUUGGCACCCAUUACAUCAGCCAGGGCUCAAUGGGCGGAUCGUAUGACCUUCUCUAUCAGUACAGUUCAGAGGAACUAAAAAACUCAGGUAUGACGGAUGAAGAAUCAAAGGAGUGUUUACGAACAGAAAUAACCUAUCGGGUCUUUUUUUUCAAAAAGAAGAAAGUGAGGGAGAGCUGCACUACAAACAAGAUGUCCGUUCGCUAUGGAGGAUCAUUUUUGCAAUCAUCCGAGAAAUCCGUCUCCUUUGUCAAAGGCGGCAAAGCUAAAUAUGCCGCUAAGCUGGCUUAUGUGAGACAAGGUUCCUACCCUGAGAAUCAAGACUACGAAGAGUGGAAAGCAUCUACUUCUGAAAACCAAGAGGUAGUGGAUUUCGAGCUGAAGCCCAUUGUGGAUUUAAUUACUGGAUUUCCCUGCGCAGUGACGAAACGUCGCAAUCUCCUGAAGGCUUUUAAUGAGUAUCUGGGGAGGUUUGAUCCAUGUCAGUGUUCCCCCUGCCCUAAUAAUGCCAGGACGGUUUUAGUGGGUACAGAGUGCCUCUGUGUUUGUCAACCUGGUACAUACGGGCAGAGCUGUGAGAAACGUGCACCGGACUACAAUUCAG